UUGGGAGGUACAGCAGCCAUGGUUCGGAGUGGAAGCCCUCACAAUCUUAGUGUCCUUCAGAGUCAAAGGAGCCAGAAGUAUCAAGUGGGGAGAUUUUUGUCGCCCCAAACUGGUUCCCGCAGUCUCUUGCCUCCUGACAACAUCUUUUGUCCACCGCCGCCAGCGAGAGCCGUUAGUCCGCCAGCAGGUCUGGCUUUAGCGAAUGCGCAGGUGCGUGCGUCUACAGUGGGCAUGAAAUCGUUAGCGCAUAAUGCACGUGGUGGUUCGCCUCAGUUGGGGACGAGACCUCCAGUGAAUACAACAAGUGGUAGUGGUAACAGAGGACGAGGAUUCGUGAUGGCAGGAACGAAUGCACCUACUUCAGAUGCUAGCAAAGCUAGUGUUGCUACGACCAUUCUGAACGCAGAGCAUCAGCAAGUACAAAAAAAUCGUGGUUAUCAGGGUCCUUCUCCUCAUAGUGGCCAACAACACCAUAGAGGACGCAGCCCGGUCAAUUCCGCGCCUGCACCCGCAGCAACUGGGCAAGUUGGUAGACCGCUGACAGGUGAUUACAUGUUCGCGCCGCGGUCUAGGAACUCCUUUGACGUGAACAACCGCAUCUAUGGUCAUCCUGGGAGUGCUGAUGUCAGCACAAGCGUUCGUGCCCCACCGCAAGCAAUGAGAAUGGGUGCUCCCCACGAAGAUGGUGGACAACAUCAUCAUCAAGCAGCUGCUGGAACGACGAGUCCUCUCAUUGUAGCGCCCUUUUUAACUCCGACAGGCGAAGCGUCGAGCUUGAUGAACCAAAGGUCACAGCUGGGACGUAUAGGGAGUCUGAGUCCUAGUUUGAUGAGAGGACAAGCGCAGCAAGAACAGUCUCAACAAGGCGGUGGCGCUGCUGUGGACUUGUUCAGCAGGAGUGUUUCACCAGGUGCUGGCGGUAUUCUAGGAAGUCCGAAGUCUAGGAAGCGCAGUAGAACACGAGAAGGUCGCUCUGCGUCUGCAAGUCGCGAGCAACGUCCGGGAGAAGAUGUAGACCUCGCAGCACAGCAUCAACAGCGUGUCAUGUUUGAAGAAGCGAAUGGCACUGGCAAGAACACUGGUGUUGUCGACACGUCUUCCCCCAUAGCUUCCCGAGUUACGAUGCAGAACAUGCAAAACUUGUCGGAGAGAACAGAACGCUUACGACUAAUGCUCGCACAAGCAGAGGAGAUGCGAGCCGAGGAGGAGAGGCGGAUACUGGCUCGCAGCGAAAGUCAUAAGAAUUUUUUUGGACGUGCAGGAACGUCGCCACAGCUACAGGAAAACAAGUUCUCAGCACUAGGUGUCCUCGCACACUCUGCCAGCAUGGCUCAACUGACUAAAGGAGCACUUGUUUCUCAUCAAAAUAGUGGAACUGGUGCUGGUGCUGGGGGAGAUCCUAACAACCAGAACGACGCUGGAGGAGGUAGUGGAAACGGUGACUACCUGAGAAAAAGAUCAAGGUCUCCAAAAUACGGCAACUUUCGUCCGAAGAAAAGCGUUGUUCGAGGACCUGGACGCCAUGUCGUAGUACAACAGCAAGGUCCCGCACCUACCACCACACCUUCGCCUGCAAUUCGGAAUAAGCCUUUUCGCGUACCCACUUUGAGCGAGGAACGAAGACGGAAGCAAGCCAAAGUAGACAAAGCGAAGGCGGUCAUUGGUGGGACUCUCUCUCGAACGGCCUCACCAUCCCCGAUCGAUAUCGAUGCGCCUGAUCAUGACAGAAGUGUGGCUCAUCAAUGGUUUAGUGCUAGUUCUAAGACCAACACGAAAAACCUUUACGCAACCGAGAAUGGAACAGUUGGGUACCGAUGCAAAGACGGCGCGAUGGUCAGCAGUACUCGUCUUAUGGGCGGCGUUCUUAGAUUUAGAUGCGCAUGUGUUUUUUUAAUGAUGGAAACAGAUCAGGUCAAUUUUGACAAAAUUAGAGGUUAGCACUAGUAGAAGAACGCCCUCACAGUGAGAACCAACUUGUUUCUGGACAUUUUUUAACUAAUAGGUAAGAUAACAGGAACAUCUUUGACCUUUACACCAUCAACUUCUUCUAGUUCUAACUCAACCUCGACAACGUAUCAUCAUUUUGCGGAGCCAACGGAAUCAGCUGCUAUGCAUACGCAAUCCACUCUAGAGCACAGGCGAGAGGUCGAUGACCGCGCUUGGAGCAAGGAUGACCUGAACAUGCCAAGACAGUACUGCUUGUUCUUUGCCUGUUUUUACUCAGCAACCCGAGUUCCUGCUCCAAUUAAGUGUUAGAUCUCUCUGCGCAUAAGUAGCUCGAAAUGGAAGAAAUUUGAAUUUGUCAUUUUUUCUUUGUGAAGAUCCUCAUUUGAUGAUGAUCAUUCACUGACUAGUUGUAUCAAGAUUCAGCUCUUCUCAACAUUCUGCUCCUAUCGAUCCUCCCAAAAACAGUGCCGAACAACUUUACGAAUCCACUGACUCGCCUGGAUUUCCUUCGCCUUUACGAGACGGCGCCAUUACUGGGAUCGAUAAAGUUCCAACGAGCAAAAAGUUUCUGGAGCGGCCUGGUUUGGCAGCUAAAAAACACGUUUCGUUGAAUCGGGCGCAUGAGGUAUUGAAAGGUUUACUAGUAGGCUUUGAGAUGAGUAUCAAGAAUGUUCUCCGUUAAAGUGAAGGAGAAGAUGGAUGCUGUUUUUCUGGUGGAGCGUUCUUCGGGUAAUACCAUCAUUUCCAAACUAUCCGCUAGCGCUACCCAGUAGCCCUUCUUCAACUUACUAAGGAGAAGAUACUUGAGAUAAGUAUCAAUGUUUUCCCAUCUGCUCCACCAGAAGAACCGCGUCCACUACACCAACCACAGCACGUCGCUCCGAUGCAACCUCCGACCGAGAAAGUGAUCGACCGUCUGGGCAUCGAGGGUUUCCGAUACGGAUUCAAGAACAAAGAAAACGAGAGCUACGACAAGAGGAUCAACACUCCAGUUGUGGAGGUGACCAAGACCGAGUCGCCUAUCGGCGGGAGUGCUUCUAUCAAAGCUGUACGCUUGAAAGGAUUUGUGCACCAGUCCUCGACCACUCGGAUGAGCGAACUAGAGCGGCAAAACCAGCAGGCCCAGGCGCGUGUUUCGGGUACCGAUGAGUUCGGGAGAGUUUCAGCAGAUGUGCCCGAAGAGUUUGUCCUAGAAGAAGGUGCAAAUGAAUUUGGAACGGUGCAGCUGUCAGCUGAUGUUCCUGAAGAUUUAGAAUAUGAUCAUCUUGGUCCAGCUGAUGAAGACUCUCUGUUUAAUGCAGAUACGAAGUGGAGUCGUUUGACUCGAGAAACAGAGCAAAGCCGAAGGCGUGGGGGUUCUCAAAUAAUGCAAGAAGAUAAUAGCAAUGGUUAUGCUGGUACAGUAGGAGCAGAGGGACAGAAGGGGACGAAAGGGAAGAAUCCUUCGUCGAAGAAAGGUGCGUCAAAAGGCAGCAAGAUGAAGGGUUCUAGGACGUCUCCUAGAGGGCUGCAGAAAGGAGGAGCUCGGGCGGAGGGAAGUGUAUCCAACCCGGACUCGGGUCGACUUCUCGUAGAUCGAGGAUUACUAGACGUAGUGCUAGAAGAACAAGGACAUGGGGAAAAAGGACUAGGGCCGCUAAGUGGACUAGGACUAGGUGAAGGUCAACGGCGAGCAAGCUCUCCCCCAGUCGUUCUCGAAACUCCUGUCAACGGAGGAUCAUCUUUCUUACCUCAACAACGCAGCAGUUAUCGCGGUUCUGUUGCGACGCCCUCAACCGCGCAGACGAUCCUUCCAUCAGCCGUUAUUGUGCGAAAUAGUGAACAAGAAGGAGGCUCUUCGCGGUUUUCGAACAGACGAGGUAGUGGCCCGAGUCCGUUGGGGUAUCAGACAUCGCCUUCGAUGAUGAAGGAACUGCGAGAAAGUACUAGAUUGUCGACGGGUUCGGCGAUAUCGAAUCUGCCGGAUCACGUUGGCGGCAACAACAACAAUAGGGGUAGCAGGCACUAUGCCCAACCAACAGCAGCGUCCAGAACACAACAUCAAGGUGUGCAUAUUCAUUCGAGCAAUACUGGACCUGGAGGAGAAAAUGGUGGAAGAUCUAGUAGAAGGAAAGACAGCAUCAGUGGUGCGCCACCAAACGUCGACACAGUAGAACAACAACCACCAUCAUCUGCCUCGAAGAUGAAAAACGCUAAACCUACUCCAGACUCGCCGUCUCUGAUGGCUGCUAUUGGACGCGUGACUGCGGCAUUAUUUUGGGGCGAGAGGGAGACGUCAAAUACUGCUGGCGAAGGUCAAGGCGGAGCAAGGCACUCCAAAACAGCUCUCAUGCCUGACAAAGACGUCGACGCCCACAGGUUCAGUAAGGGGACAGCAAGUAGUGGCUUGAAGGCUUCACAGAAGCGCUCUCGUAACGCAGAAGGGGAAAAUUCGAGUCCUAGAGAACGGCUCACGAUAACCACGCCGAGCGGCCCUCCACCUGGGACGCGUCUUUCCGAGUCUACUACAAGUAUUUCAGCGAAGUAUAAUAGGCCUAGCUCACCUGGCAAUGGGAAUGGAGGUAACCUGCCAGGAGGUCUGCCGUCUGCCAGAGAAAUUGUUGGGCCACCUCUAAUGAUGUCGACUGCGUCUUCCAUACCGCUUCCAGGAGGAAGACAAUCAACAACCACUAACAAGCAAGGUGGAGGGCAGCCACUUCUUCGUGAGUACAUGUCGAAGAUGGCUGCCUUGCAUGCUGAGUAUGGGGCUAAAUUGCCUGCGAAUGUGAGAGAAGGUAUCGAGCAGAUGCUGGUUGAUGGCGUUGUAGCUAGUAGGAAUACUCGUACAACAUCGAGCCCCGGACGAGGAGGCAUCAACCGAGGAAGCAACAGCAGUAGUACUAGGGGUGCAGCGAUUAAUAUCAACAACGGCAAAUCUUCUGAGCGACCACCUACCGGAUCAAGAACGUCUAGCUCGACUACCACUGUGCCAGCACCACCUGUCGAUAACAAACUCACUCAGUAUAUGAACAUGGUAAAGAAAAGUCGAAUUAGUACCAGCAGUAUUGCUGCAGCCGCACCAGCUGGCGGGCGGUCUUCAGUCAACAAGAACAGGGGAAGCAAAGCCGGUUCAAUCGUUCAGGUAGGAGGCGGAUCAGCUACGUUUCGACGACCCAAGGGUACCGGUCGAAGUCUGUCGCCUUCAGCCUUGAGGCCUGUUUUACAACAAGCAAAUACACAACAAGAUCAUGACAGAGGCAUGACCAUAAGGGCUGAAGGCGAACGAGCUGCGCAGGAGGACAUCAGAGCUGGCUCGUCCUCAAGACAGGUAGAGCUUGAGGAGGGAGGUUCCUCAGCUUCGACUGACUUUGGCACCAGUGCUGACCUUCCGGAUCUUCUAGAGCAGUUACCUAUUAAUGGGCAUGGACCGCAAGGAAGCGUUGUAGGUUUAGGAGGUAGUAGCUCUUCAAUUACGAGUGGAUUACGGGGUCUAGAGGAGCAAAAAGCUGAACUAGAGAAGCAUGCUGCAGCUUUGCAGAAAGUAGCGAUUCCAGCACCCAAAAUCGCAAGACAGAUAGCAGCUGAACGAGCAAAAUGGAUGAUGCGGUCUGCGUCGCCUCCAAUGCUAAGAUCAAGAGAUCAGCUGGCGAUUACGCAAGGGAAAGUAGCAAUAGCGAAUCAUCGGAGGCAACAGCAUCGACUGGAAAGCGGGAUGGAAGGGGGGGAUCAGGUAAUAGUCAUUGGCAGAUGUUGUGACUGUAAUAGAGAUCAUGGCUACAACAACGACUUAACACAGCACAAACAUAAUGAACUUGACCGUUUCUGGGAUUUAGAUCUAACUGUCUCCACCUUUACUUGCUUGAGGUCCGCGAUUUCUACGCCGGAACGCGUGUCCAGGACGGUACUCGCGGCCCCGUCGUUCUCGACAACAACGCAGGUGUCGUCAUAGUUGCAGAUCCGACUACGGUAGCCACCGACACACUCCCAUCCUCGCCACCCUCUCCAGAACAGCGCAAAAAAAUGCGGCAGUUAGCUGUUAAAAAGUCAUUGGCGAGGAUCUCAGACGGAGGAGGGUCAAGGUCGCCUAGUGCGGGGUCUCCAACAAUCAGGCCUUCAUCUCAACAAGCAGGCAAUACACUUGGAGCAGCCGUUUUUUAUUCGGCGCCAGGAGAGAGUGUAGCUGAGUGGGAUGUGAAGGCGUUGCAAGACAAUAAACCCAUUGAUACGACUUUGGCGAAAAAAGCACCAUCUUCAUCAUCUAGGCUCGCAACCAGUAAGGGAAAGAACAGCAAUGGUGGCCGGGUUGUUAGGAAAGGCGCGCAGUCGGCACGCGGCGAGUCCUCGUCCGUUACCGCUUCUACCAGUAAGGGUGCCAGCAGUAGAAUGAAUAAAGGCCCAAUUUCAUCUACACUCGUCAAUAAGAAGUCUCUACUCCCUCCUUCUUCUACAUCUGAUAGUGUCAAAAUAAACUCUUGUGACAAGACAGUUCCGAUUAGCGAGGAAGACGUCGAUAGAGCACUUAGCAGCAGUAGUAGCAGUGCCAAAAUACAACUACCAAACAACAGUAGUACACCGAUGUCAUCAACUGCUCCACCUCCUUCUACUUCGGCACAGAGACAGAAGGGAACGAAGGGCGCAAGAAGGAAGAGCAGUUCUAAGGGACCAUCAACGGCGAAAUCCUUUAGUGCUCGAGGGGCAGAGACUCUGCGUUCCUCACCUAGAGUUCCGACCGUGUCUUCUGCUGGUGCAACUAGUUGCGAAGAGCAAGGUAGCGGUAGUUCCAACUCGAAGGGAGGUAAGACGAACGUCGCGAAAGUCAACAGCAGUAUCAGUUCGUUCAUGUGUGCUGAGACUGAGGUGAAUCUUCAGAGAGAGACAGAGAUCUUGACAUCUUCUGUUGGGGAUCUCGUCGGUGCAGAAGAUCCAGAAGCCCGAAAAGCGACACCAGCAGAAACAGCUGCAACAGCAACCGUACAACAGCCAACUCCCAAUACACCAGCAAAACAGCAGCAGAACAAACCACCACUACAAAACACUAGCGCAGCUCCCAAUCCCAGCACGAUAAGCAGUCCCAAAGCCCUCAACAAAACCCCGCCUUUGUCAUCACAAGUGAAGAGGUUUGCUUCGCAACUGCUUCUUCCUUCUCCCUCCGCUUCCUCUCCUCCACUUGCUGGCGCUUCCGACGUAGUCGUGAAUUCAAACGCUUGUGGAAGUUCGUCUGCAGUUUUCUCCCCUCCACCUCCACAAGGCGGGCCUCGUGCAGGCUCAUCAUCCCCAUCGCGUUCAGGACAACGGUUUCCAUUCGGAGGUGUUGAACCUUUCAGGACUGCUCAAAGGAGAACAAGUGCAGCUGGAUUAGUGAAAGAGCAAGAAGCGAUCUUCAUGACGCCAGCCGUUGAGGCACAUCGUCUGAUGACAGAGAAGUUUCGUGAAAGAGCUGAACCUUCGUGCGAAUUGAGGAAUCUACAAGCGUCACCUGUUGUUGAUGUUGGAGGGGAUGGGAAAAAUCAUGCGAAUUCGACUGGAGGACCUCCACGUCGAGAGCAGGAGCUGCUUGUAGAGGGAGGAGCUUUCAAGAGUAGUUCUUCAGUGAAUUAUGUCGACAUUUUUGAGACGCCAGUCGGGCGAGGAUAUCAAGAACCUGGCACAAUGCCGCCAGCGGCAGUGAGUCUGGCGACUCCAGCGCAAAGCUCCAAAGAGGGGACGUUGAGCUGUAUGUUGUCCUCUUCGAACGAAAUGGUUGGCGACUCUCGACUAGUGAAUGGCGAUGGAGAGGAGAUGAAAAUUAUGAAGAAUAAAAGUAACUAGAAACAUCAAUUAGUGAAUAGUAGUCGUGUCAGUUUUUCGUUUCGUGGAUUCUUUCAAGGUAUCUCCUCCAUCUGCAUCUUCCCUUCUAAUCUCCCACAGCUGCAAGAGGAGAUCGUACAGGAUCACAUGCACCUUGAGAGCCCUAUUCGAAAAUGGUACAACAGUGGCAGCGACCCAAACGCUGAGAAUCAGCUUUUGUUGCAGACCCGAGAACUCCAAGGCACCUGGACUGCAGGAGAAGGAGAAUUCAUGUCGCCCAAUCUAGUCCCGCAGCCCGUGCUCGUCCACAAUAAUACUUCAACACUGCUGCAUGACACUACGGCAACCUUACUGGCUGAGGGUGUGGUGCUGGAGAUGCAGAGACUGAACGCACCCACGCCAUCGGACUUGGAAAGUCCUUAGGGAUGAAAGAGAACUAGACCACGAGAUAGAGAUGAAAGUUAUUAUACUCGUAUUGUUCUUCGUGUAAUGAAAAUGAAAAUGUGUCAUAGAAGAUUUAAAGAAGUAGCUUCCCGUUUCCGAACUUCCAAUGUAAAAAUUGUACAGUUGCCGUGCGAAAUCUACUACUAAAACACGAGCUAUAAGAUGUAAGUUUCUCGAUAGAGGUAACAGUAUUCAUCCAAUGUACAUUCCCAGUUAGUCAUAACAUCUACAAUCAGAUAAAUGUCAACGUAUCUACAUCUACAUGAACUUCAGAAAAUAGAAACGCUUUCACAUUAUAUUCACUCAGUAACAUCACGUAAAAAAACACAGAACAACUACUACGCAUGGCUUCAGUUUUUGACAUAUCAAUCACAAUGGCAAUCGCAUUAGCAAAAAUUACAAUUCAACAAAACUUAACGUUAACAUUAUUCAGAUCGAAAAACAAACUAGUAGUUGUACCGCUAACCUUACUGUGCGUGAUAUUAUCUUUGAGCGUAUUUGUAAAUGUCGCAAUGUUAUAUAUGUUCGACGGCGGUGGCGCCGUAGUUCAUACUUGUGGUCAUCGUUACAACAGCUAUGCUAACAUAUCGAUACGAGUUGAUAUGUUCGCAUCAUGAAAUUGGAUGAGGAGGUCGUUCAAGUUGGUGAUCAAAAUCCGAUGCACAAACGUAUCUCCAUCUAGAUCAUCCACCCUGAGUGUCAUAUUCUAUUGAUACACGAAAACUAGACCACCCCCGCUUUACCUACAGGGAUGAAAAUGAGUACAAGCAGCGAGAUGCAAGGUACAAAAACUACUAAUCUUCGAGGAACAAGCAUGUGAGAAGUGUCAUCCUCCUGCGCUAGUGCUGACUCUAUCCAUAGGAGUCUUUCACCGUAUAUGAAAGAGCUGUUGUUGACAGCAUCAACACCAAGACACUUCGUUAGCGUCAAAUGUACCAGAGCAU